AGUGGGGGAUUCUCCACAACAACUGAUAGUCAGACUCCUCUCCAAUUCUAUACCUCAACAUCCCAUUCACUUACAAGGAAACUUCCUCGUCAAUAAGUGUGGAGUGCCUGGUGGCUAAUGGGAACCUUCCUCUUCAUACAUAUGUCCCUCUCAGAAACAGCACAUAAUUGUCCUUGGCCUUGCAUAUGCUUGCCCUGCAUCCAUUCAUUGCAAGAACCAAGAAGCAGAGAGUUUCUCUAGAUGGAUGCUUUCCGAGAUUCUUCUUCCUCCUCUUACCGGUGUUCCUAUCAUGCCUUCUUGAGUUUCAGAGGCCAGGACACGCGCAAGGGCUUUACUGAUCACCUUUAUAGAGCCUUGGAGCUAGCAGGAAUCCACACGUUUAGAGACGAUGAUGAAAUCAAGAGAGGGGAGAAUAUUGAGUCGGAGUUAGAGAAGGCGAUACAGGAGUCACAAGUAUCGAUAAUUGUCUUCUCCAAGGACUACGCUUCCUCAAGGUGGUGUUUGAACGAACUUCUGAAGAUCGUGGAACGUAGAAAUACUGAUCGUAGACAUGUGGUUUUGCCAGUUUUCUAUGAUGUGGAUCCAUCCGAUGUCAGGAAGCAGAGUGGUUCUUUUGCUGAAGCAUUUGCCAGACAUGAGGAGCGAUUCAGUACGGAGGAGAUGGACAAGGUGGAGCUGUGGAGAAGAGCUCUUAGAGAUGUUGCAUCUUUGGGAGGAAUGGUUUUAGGAGAUCGGUAUGAGGGGCAGUUCAUCCAAGAUAUUGUUGAAGAGAUUAGAAAAAAAGUGGAUCACGCAGCUUUAGAUGUUGCUCACUUUCCAGUUGGAAUGGAUAAUCGUGUGAGACGCCUAAACAUGUGGUUACAAGAUGGAUCAAUUGAUGUUGGUGUAGCUGUCAUCUGUGGGAUGGGUGGAAUUGGCAAGAGCACUAUCGCGAAAGCCGCUUAUAACCGCAACUUUGAUGGAUUUCAAGGUAGCAGCUUUCUUGCAGAUAUACGAGAAUCUUCAGAACAACCCAGUGGUUUUGUUGGCUUGCAAAGAAAACUUCUUUCAGAUAUCCAAAAGGGGAAAGCAAAGAAAGUAUACAAUAUGGAUGAAGGAACAAUCAGGAUCAAACAAGCCGUGGGCUAUAAAAAAGUUCUUAUUGUUCUUGAUGAUGUGAGCAACCGAGAUCAACUCAAAGCAAUUCUUGGAAUGCGAGAGUGGCUUCAUCCAGGAAGUAAAAUUAUCAUAACAACUCGACAUGAACAUUUGUUAAAUGCUCAUGAAGUUUUUGAAAAGUUUAUGGUUCGAGAACUGGGUGAGGAUGAAUCACUUGAGCUUUUCAGUUGGCAUGCCUUCAGACAAUCCCAUCCAGAAGAAGGUUACAUGGAGCUUUCAAGACAUGUGGUACAGCACUGUGGAGGGCUUCCAUUAGCUCUUCAAGUUCUGGGAUCUUCUCUAUCCGGAAAAAGUGUAGAAGUAUGGCAAAGUGCAUUGCAGAAGUUCGACGUGAUCCCUAAUGACAAAAUUCAAAAAGUUCUGAGGAUAAGUUUUGAUUCUUUACAAGAUGAUCAUGACAAAAAUUUAUUCCUUCACAUAGCCAGUUUCUUCACAGGAAAGAAGAUGGAUUAUACGAGUACAAUAUUGGACAGCUUAGAGUUUUACACAAGGAUUGGGAUUGAAAAUCUAGUUGACAGAUGCCUAGUGAAAAUUCAAAGGAACAGGUUGGUCAUGCAUCAAUUGGUGAGAGACAUGGCAAUGGAAGUUAUUCGUGAAGAAUCACCUGAUGACCCUGGAAAACGUAGUAGAGUGUUGCAGAAAGAUGCCUCUAAUAUUUUGAGAAAAUUAAGUCAGGGUACGGAAAAUGUUAAGGGCCUCAUGCUCAACCUUGCUUGCAACAGAACGUUAGUUGGAAGUGAUAAACAACGCUGCCAUGUUGAAGAUUAUGAUGAAAAUUCUUCAAGACGAAGUGGGCUUGGUUUCUUCUCUUGGAAACCAAUUAGCUUUUCAUCCACAAACUCAGCUUCUGCAUCAAAUGAGAUAGAUUUCAAACCUGAGGCGUUUAGAAGGAUGCACAAUCUUGAAAUUCUCAUGCUCAACAACGUCAAUGUCAGGGGAAGCUACGAAGAAUUUCCAAAAAGUUUAAUAUGUUUAUCUUGGAGAGGAUUCCACUUAAAAUCAGUACCAGAAAAUUUUUAUUUGGAAAACCUGGUUGUUCUUGACAUGCGAAAUAGUAGCCUACAACAUGUUUGGAAUGGGAUCAGGUUUCUUCCGAGGCUGAGAAUUCUUAAUCUCAGUCAUUCGCAUGGCCUUAGGACAACCCCCGACUUCUUAGGACUCCCUAACCUUGAGAGAUUGAUUCUUAAACAUUGCAUAAAUUUGGUUGAGGUUGAUGAGUCCAUCGGAUACCUAGAGAAACUUGUUGUUUUGAAUCUAGAAGGCUGCAAAAAUCUCAUGAAGCUUCCAAAAUUGAGAUCUAUUCAGGAUCUUAUUCUUUCUGGUUGCUCAAAGCUUGUGCUUGGUGCCAAUACGACUGCCACAACUGAUCACUUACAAUCUACAGCUUGUGAAAUGAAGAAACUCAUUCUGUUAUCACCUAAAUCAUGGUAUUCAAUCUGGUCGUCGGUGUCGCCGAGAAAAAAUAUUGAAUCAAGCAGUUUCUCAUUGGCAAGUUUACCGCAUUCCUUAACAAGUUUACGUCUGGAUCGCUGCAAUCUAUCAGAGAUUCCGAGUGCCCUUACUAUGCUGCCUUCGUUAGAGUACUUGGAUCUGAAUAACAAUCCAUUUACAAGCCUACCAGAGAGCAUUAACAAUCUUGUUAAGCUUUGCACUCUUGUAGUAGAAGGUUGCAGAAACCUCACAAUGCUUCCAGAGCUCCCACAUAGUUUGAAAGAAUUGAAUGGUAGAGGUUGCACAUCAUUGAAAAGAAUAACAAAUUUACCGAACUUGCACAUAUCACCGGCCACACAUUCCUUAUCUGACAGCAUAGUGGAACCAUGUUUAAAGCGUUACAACAUAUUAUUGGACUCAAAUUUAUGGUAUUGUGGGAAACUAGUUGAUGUUGCAAGCUUGUUCAAUACACUACCAUUGAGCAGCUUUGACAUAAAACUCCUCAAAGAUAUCGAUCUAUUCGAUUUGAAACCCACCGGUGGCGUUGAGGUCCUAAGGAACAACUAUUGUGCAAGUAGGCGCUCCAAGGGAACUUUUGAAUGCGGCAUAUUUAGCAUUUUUGUCAACGAGAGCAAGAUUCCAGAUCGGUUCAAUUACAGGAGCAUGGGUAACACUGUGUUCUCUAUUAUUGUUCCUUCACAGCCUAAUAUCAAGAUCGUAGGUUUAAAUGCAUGUAUAUUGUAUGCCCCGCAAUCGGAUCGGAGCCGUCAUCAUUUCCCUUCGCUUGAACUUAGGAAUGAGACAAAGGGCCUUAAGUGGAAAUUAUGGCUGUCGUAUGUGGUUGAAUGGAAAGUGAUGAACGAAGAUAUGUUAUGGCUAAGCCAUUGGAUUAUGGGGAACAAUGAAUUGGAAUGCGGGGAAGAAGUGUGUCUUGAAAUAAUCAGAAAGCAAGACGGUUUCGUCACAAAGGAGAUUGGAGUCCAGUUUGUGUACGAGCAGCAAAAUAAGGAUAAGGAGGAUGUCCCAUCAAGUAGUGAAGAUGCAUUGAUCUCACGUGACAGAUUGCUUAAUAUCAUGGGAGCGGACUUAUUAGGCUUUACGAAAUGGAUCCGUAACUGCGAGAAUGAAUCUAUGUCAACUGUCGUCUGCAAUGUUUGUUACUAUCUCUGUAACCAUGAAGUGAUCGAUCUUGAGAAUGACUCCCGCAUGACCCCAUAGGAACGAGUGCUCUAAACUAUUACCCAGUUUAAUUCAAACUGAUGUUGGUGAUGCGCAAAUCACUAGAUUCAAAUGUGUAUUGGUUGUUAAGCUUCAUUUCUAUCUAUUUUCAAUUUUUCCCUAAAAAAUUGUUUUCAAUAAUUUAAUAUACAAAAUUUCAUGCCAAACAAAUUCUUGCCUGUAUAAAGUAUGAAUUUAAAACCUGUUUUUAAGAAAAAUAAAGUUUUAGAGCCCAACUAGAAAAUAAGCCCACGCGUUGUGGUAGGAACCACUGUUUCUGGCGUAAUUGCAUGAAUAAGACACAUUUCAGGCGUAACUGCAUACAUAAAUAAGACACAAAGUGCAGGAAGUAAAGCUCAUAUUUUUAGCAGUGUUAUUUUAACAACAAUUCUUCAAGUGGUGGAUUGUCCCGGUGGGUAGGGCAUUUCACUUAGUCCUACUGCAUUCCGGGUUCAAAGUUCCAACCAUCCCCAGUACCAGUUUAAGCACACCAAAGACCAAAUUUAGCAUCUUCUGUCGUCAUCCACCCAACCCCAGCAGAUACUCAUAAAAAAUUCAAACAGAACUUGCCAAAUUCAUCCUCUUAAAAUACAAAACGAAAACAGUUUAUGAUCACUGACCUCUUUGAAUCGAAUGAUAUUCGGAUUCUUCAGUGAUCUGUGGUUCAUGAUUUCCCCUUGAACAUGUUCAUCCAUCUGCAUCACCAAAAAUAUAUAUAUAU